CUCUAAUGUGUACAGGACAGGUGUAGCUCUGGGCUUUUUUUUCCUUUAAGGUAUGUUCUACAGCCAACCAGCAGCAAAUAGUGAUAAAGUACUGAGGAGGGAGGGGAGGAGAGGAGGAGGGAAGUUCCUUCACCAACGUUAGCUCCACAUCAGCUCAGUGUGCAGUUCCCAGCCCUGCUCUCCAGCUACCAUUCCAUUAUAGAACUCCAGAGAAGAUCACCUUGAUAAGUGGGUCAACACAACGUUCUACAGAUCUUCUGAUCGCCCUUGUUUCCCUGCUUCUAGUUGUUGGACUAGUGGGCUGGAUGUUUCACUCGGGAAAUUUGUAUCCAGGAUGUUAGGAAUUGUAAAAAUGGAAGGACAUGAAACGACAGAUUGGAGCAACUAUUACCAGGAGACUCAGGAGGUAAGAAAGGCAUCUGCUCCAGGGAAAGAUCAUUUCACAAAAACACUUGGUGUCAGCUGCUGCCUACGUUGUAUGAGAGGAGAAUAGAGAUAGCUGCAGAGAGUUUAGUUUCUCCAGAAUGUGUUAUUAGGCAGAGCUGGCCAGGGAAUUUAGAAGCAGAAAGUGAAAUGAAGCUUCAGUUUCAGCAGGGUGGGAAUCGUUAAACAGAGGUUAGAUGUGACCCCCAGGUGAUACAGCCAACUUGGAGCUAUUGACCUAUUCUAUGUGGCCAGUCCACUCAGCACCCAGUGGGUGAAGAUGAUAGGGAUUGUAGUACAUCAAAGCUGCCCACCUCAGUGUGUUGGGACCCUCUAAUAGUUGCCUGGAGGGGAUACUUCGUGUACCUGGGCAAUAAAGAGGGGUCCAGGUAAUGUAACCUCCUGGGAUUAGAUAGACAGGUCAGAUCUGUUUAAUUUUAUUCUGGAAUAUAACAUGAAGUGGAGGGGAACUUGAUAUAAAGAGUAUUAUGUUAGACACAUUUCUGUAUUUUGUAGAUAAUCAGUUUAGAGAUACUCAGGGUAAUCUGGGUAUUAUUAAUCCCUGUUACCCAGACAUCAGUGUUCUAAUUCCUAAAUAUUGAGCAGCAAUCUGAUACUGUCUCUAUACAGUCACAAGGUAUGUUACCAAUGACACGGUACUCACAUGUCACAAAGCAUUUUAACUCCCAAUUUUAUGCCUGGGGAUACUCUGUGUAAUCCAAUUAAAUGGCAUGUUAUCCCAAAGCUCUCCUUGCGAAUUUACAGUAAUUGUCAACUUAAUAAAGGCAUCGUUUACCCUUCUGGUGCCAUCACAGGGCACAGCUAGCUGGCAAAUAAUUUAGAAUGGGAAGUAAAAACUAGGAGAGACCUUUUAGACUGAAAGGGAGAUUUUUAUCAGCACGAAGAAGGCUCAAAUUAUGUGAGUCACGGUAUUUCGUAAAAUAGAGAUCUUACAACACGCAGAAAACGCUCUCUUCGCCAAAUUAUUAUUAUUAUUAUUAUUAUUAUUAUUUUAUAAACGUUUGCUGUACCUUUAUACACAGUAUAAAAUUAAUUCUUAAAUGUUUCUAGUAUUGAAAAUUAGCAGUGUGAUUAAAGGAUAGAUAGAUAGAUAGAUAGAUAGAUAGAAUAAUUAACAGAACGAUAAAAUGACCCAGGCUAUAAUACUACAGGAUAUUAGAUAUGUUUUUCAGAGUUAUUCACCAGACCAGGCAUUCUUGGGAAGGGAUAAGGCCAAAGUAGCUGAAAUGGAAUAAUCCUAAAAUCUAGUUUUUGUUCCAGCUCGGCUAAUUUGGCCUGGAGUUUAAAGUCACCCCAUCAAUUUCCGACAGUUCUCAGUUAGUGUCUGUCUUAGUACCGAUUGCACGGAGAUAGCAUUCUCUCUGUCACUUGUAAUACAAUGGGAAAUGAACCCAGAAUGAAUCCCAUUUAUCUCCCUAUCUCCACAUCCAUCAAUGAUUACAUUGUGUACAGUCAAUAUUUAGGCGUCUUUUGGGGUCUGGAACGAUGGGAAAUCGACAAACUCAUUGUAUUACAAGUGCCUUAAAUGCAUGAGAGAAACAUCUUGUGUUUAAUUUGGGGCACUGACACUAAAUGAAUCUACAUACUUUGUAUUUAUUAGCAAACUGAGUUUUUAAACAGGAUUCCUUUUAUUGGCGAUCGGUGGAUCUGAUCGUAAUUCUAGGAUUCCUCGCUUUAGAGAAUAAAUUAGAAAUAUCUCUAGAUAGAAUAUUAUAAAAUGCCCUCUGUACAAAAUAUCAGAAUCAUGGCUUUUUAUUGGAAGAAUAAUCUGUAGGUUUAAAGGACAGGUAGUGACAGAAAAAUGAAUCCAUUCCAUUUAGUGCAUUCCUAUAUUAUUUAUUUACUCAAUGUUCCAUUAAGAAUUAUGGUCUAAUAUUUGUCACUAAUAAUAUUACAAAAUGCCAGUAUUUGGUAUAAAUAUACUUUAGAUACUUUUAUAAAUGAAUCAUUUUAAUCAAGUCGCUUCCAAUCUAUUAUGCAGCAUUGGUGAUUGGCACACCGUGGUGGCUCAAGAAGGGUUAAAGAGUGUUCUAUCAAUUCGCAGAUAUUUACAGUUAGACUCAAGGGCAUAAUGAUCACAUGAAUCAGAAUUAGUUUCAGGAAACUUUGAGAUAUUCUGCAAAGCCUGCGUGUAAUAUGACCAUAUGAAAUGUGUGUCUAAAUGUCCCUAUCUUGUGUCUUUACAGGCCUAUUCCUCAGUCCCUGUCAGUAACAUGACACAAGGGCUGGCUACCAUGAACAGCUAUAUGACCAUGAAUCCCAUGAGCUCCAGUGGAAACAUGGCCCAGAGUUCUUUCAACAUGUCCUAUGCCAAUUCUGGGCUACCUGCAGGUCUGAGCCCCAAUGGAAUGGGUGGGAUGAGUGCCGGGUCCGGUGGUGCAAUGAAUGGAAUGGGUUCUGGGGUUCCAACCAUGGGAACUGCCCUGAGUCCCACCAGCAUGAAUGCCAUGAACGCCCCUCAAGGUUCUAUGAACAGUCUGAGUCCAUAUUCCAGUAUGAACCCUGGGAUGAGCCCAAUGGCCUAUGCACCUUCCAAUAUCAACAGGACCAGAGACACCAAAGCCUUCAGGAGAAGUUACCCGCACGCUAAACCCCCUUAUUCAUACAUUUCAUUGAUAACCAUGGCCAUACAACAGGCCCCCAGCAAAAUGUUGACCCUCAGUGAGAUCUACCAGUGGAUCAUGGACUUGUUCCCUUAUUACAGGCAGAAUCAGCAAAGGUGGCAAAACUCCAUCAGGCACUCGCUGUCCUUUAACGACUGCUUUGUUAAGGUGGCCAGAUCCCCAGAUAAGCCUGGUAAAGGCUCUUACUGGACAUUGCAUCCUGACUCUGGAAACAUGUUUGAGAACGGCUGCUAUCUCCGCAGACAAAAGCGAUUUAAAUGUGAGAAGCAACAAGGAGGUAAGGGGUCCCAAGAUGGCAGGAAAGACCAUUCGAGUCCUUCCUCUCCUUUACACCGUGUACACAGUAAGUCCAACCAAAUGGAAAACAGCUCUUCCAUGUCCAAUCCUUCCAGUAGCCCACAUUCUCUAGAACAUGGUGGUCCUAAUGGAGAGAUGAAGCCCCAGGUGACAGCUGGACCAUCACCUAUAUCUUCUCACCCAGCCCAUACCUCCCACUUGACCCACGACUCCCACAUUCACAUGAAAGGAGACCCUCACUACUCUUUCAAUCAUCCUUUCUCCAUCAACAACCUAAUGUCUUCUUCUGAACAGCAACACAAACUGGACUUCAAAGCUUAUGAGCAGGCUCUCCAGCAGUAUUCAUCCUAUGGGGGACCUAUUCCUGCUAUGUCCCUAGGCAGUACUUCUAUGUCUGGAAGGGGUGGCAUUGAACCCUCAGCCCUGGAACCCACAUACUACCAAGGGGUGUAUAAUAGACCAGUCCUAAACACCUCUUAAUCUGCUUCCCAACCACCUCAAGACUUGAAAUAAUACAAUUCAAUGGAAAUUAAGUAACAUUUACCUUAUCCAUGUUAAACGUUUUUCUUUUUUUAAGAAUGAGGACUGUUACCUAAAUAUUGUAUUAAAACAGAAGAAUAUACAUAUGUUAUUUUAAACACACAAAGAACCUGCAGAUUUGGUGUGAUCUUUCCUUGUAACAUAUAGCACAGAGGUCAACAGAGAUGCAGAAAUUUGUAUUUAAAAUGUUUAUUCUGUAUAUAUCGCUCAAUGUCUAUCGAUUUCUUUAGGGCUAGUUUACAAGAGAGUUUUGUUUGCUUUUUUUUCGAAUUAUUUUAUUUUUUUUCUAUUUCAUUUUUUUUAUUCUUGCAGUAAAACCAAGCUGAAAUUGAAUUUAUUCGAUGAAGAAUCUCUGUAUGCAUUUUCAUAAAUAUACUCCAACAUUAUCAAGGGCAAUUCUGCUGUGAAAAAGUUACAUAAAACCUCAGUCCUUCCUUCAGAUGUAAACAUGUCGCUUCACUUGGUGGCUGUAAGUUAGUCUCUUAUAGGUUCUAUGUUAUAUUUGUUACUAUUAUUUCAAAAGGAAGGUACUGUAAGGAUAAUUCGCAGACAGAAUUUUCAUGUGGUUAAAAAUCAAAAAUAUCCAUUCUUGGCAGUAACAUUUCCCACAGUAAUUAUUUCGUUUUGGUGUAUAGGAGAUGUGCUUUUUUAAAUUAUUAUUUGAGAUAAGUGUUAAGUGAAAAACAUAGGUCAUUUCAAAAAAAGUUUUAGAGAGUUCAGUUCUCUCUUUGCUGGGGUCAGACCUCCUUAGACUGGCUGACUCCCCAGAUGACUCCCCAAAUAUAGAUAUAGAGGAGUGGGAAGUAUCCCAUACCAGGGGAUAAGCUAGACCAAGGGCUUUUUUUUAUUGGUGGUUUUUAUUUUUAAUUUUUUUUUUUUUUUUAAAUCUUCUAUCUUAUGUUUUAUGAAUUGUCCACCCCCUAUAUCCAUAAUUUAUUGCAUGGUUUAUACAACGGUUGGUUUCAGUCAAAAUGGUCUUAAAAUAAUGGUUAAUAAAUAAUGCAAAUUGUUCAACUUGGAUUUAAUUUUAUAAAUGUAAUUGUAAUUGAAAAUAUUUUGAUUUCUAAAAGCAAAAAAUAAACAAACAAACAAAAAAAACAGACUUGACGUUUGAGUAUGUCUUUCCUACACAG